AUGGGCCUGCUCAGCGCCCUGGUCGUCCUCCUCACUCUCCAGCCCCCAGUCAUAUACGCCGCCAGUCGUGUCUCCCACGUGAACCUCUUCACCGGCACCGAAAAUGGCGGCAACAACUUCCCCGGUGCCGCACGCCCCUUCGGCAUGGUCAAGCUGGGCCCGGACCUCUCCAGUUCCGGGACAGACGCCUACGCGGGCUACCUGCCCACCGGCGCAUUCUCCGGCUUCAGCAUGAUGCACGAGCAAGGCACCGGCGGCGCCCCCAAGUACGGCACCGUCGCGCAGCUGCCGCUCGUGGGGAACGUCUCCCAGCCGCUGUCGAAGCAGACGGUGGGCCGCGCAGGCGUAGACGACGCCGCUGUUGGGUACUACUCUGCGCGCACGGCGCAGGGCGUGAGGGUUGAGCUGGCUGCUACCGCGCAUGCUGGAAUGUAUCGGUAUACGUUCCCGGCGGGUGCGCCGGGUAAUGUGCUUGUCGAUGUGUCGCAUGUGCUGCCGUCGUUCCGGGGGCAGGGCCUCGGGCAGGGGUACAAGGGUGGCCGGGUGGUUGUUUUCCCUGAUGGGCAUUAUGAGGGUUAUGGCGUGUAUGAUAAUGGGUGGAAUCGGUCGCCUGACUGGAGCAUUUAUUUCUGUGGUCACUUCGACGCAGCCCCCCUCAGCAACAAGACGUACCACGCCACAGAUGCCAGCGGCAGCGUCGAAGAGCCCAGCGGAUCGGUCGACUCCUCAAACGGCACGCGCCGUGUCGGCGCGCUGUACACCUUCAACGAAAGUGUCGUGACUUCGCGCGUGGGAAUCUCCUGGCUGUCGACGGAAAAGGCGUGCCAAAACGUCGCGAGCGAGAUCCCCGCCGACACAGAGCUCGAGUCCGUCGUUAGCGACGCACAGGACGAAUGGGACGAGCGCGUCCUGUCCAAGAUCAGCACCUCCUCCACCAACGAGACUAGUCUGGCAUUGCUGUACACAUCCCUCUACUUCAUGCACCUAAUCCCGACCAACCAGACCGGCGAGAACCCCAGCUGGACCUCCUCCGAACCAUAUUACCAGGAUAUCUUCACCUUCUGGGACCUCUUCCGCUGCUCCACACCUCUCAUGCACAUCCUCCAGCCAACCGCCUACGAGGAGCUCAUCCGCUCGCUCAUCGACACCUGGCGCUUCGAGGGCUACCUCCCUGACGCGCGGUCGUCCAACUACAACGGCCGUACGCAGGGCGGCUCCAACGCCGACACCAUCCUCGCCGACGCCUACGUCAAGGGUGUACGCGGCGCCAUCGACUGGUCCGCCGGCUACCAAGCCAUGGUCAAAGACGCCGAGGUGGCGCCCCCCAACACGCCCGUCGACCCGAUGGCCCCGGACUCCUCUACCAAGGAGGGCCGCGGCGCGCUGCCCGACUGGCUCAGUCUGGGCUUCAUCACGCCGCGGUUCACGCGGGCCGUGUCGCGGGCCGUCGAGUACGCGGGCAACGAUUUCGGUCUGUACCAGGUCGCACAGGGGCUGGGCCGGCACGACGACGCGCAGAAGUACCUGCAGCGUUCGCGGAAUUGGCGCAACCACUGGAACGAGAACCAGACGUCGCUUGGGUUUGCGGGGUUUGUGGUGCCGCGCGACGAGAACGGUUUUGUCGAGAUCGAUCCGGUCACGAGCAGUGGGUACUGGGGUGAUCCCUUUUACGAGGCGAGCUCGUGGGCGUACUCCUGGGCGGGCGUGCAUGAUAUGGCGGCCUUGGUGGAGAUGAUGGGGGGUGUGCAGGCGGCGCGCAAGAGACUGGACACCAUGUUCACAGUGGGGGCUGGGGGUGGCUCCGGGACUCUGUUUGAUCCCACAAAUGAACCGAUGUUUAAUCUCCCCUAUCUCUACAACUACCUCGGCCAGCAGGAUCAGUCUGUCUCACAGGCGCGGCGCAUCGCGAAAUCGAGUUACAACACUGGCCGAGCUGGACUUCCUGGAAACAGUGACGCCGGGGCGAUGCAGAGCUGGCUUCUGUGGAACAUGAUCGGACUAUAUCCCAUUACCGGCCAGACGACGUUCUUGAUCCACUCCCCGUGGUUCGAGGAGCUAACCAUCGAGCUUGGGGACGGAAAGUCCCUUAAGGUAACGACCACUGGUGGUGAUGGGAACGGCGAUAGCAACAUUUAUGUCCAGCGACUCCGCGUCAACGGACAGGACUGGCGGAAGAACUGGCUGACCUGGGACGACAUCUUUGCCGACGGCGGCACGUUGGAGUUUGAGCUGGGGGCGAGUCCGAGUGGCUGGUUCACUGGAGAAUUGCCUCCCAGCCCGGCAUCGUAA